AAGCCAGCAAGAGGGCUUGAGAAAGGGGAAGGGGAGGUGGGGAGGCACAUCAUUGUUGAUGUCCAGAGCCUCAAGUGGCUACUUGCCUGCUGCCCUGGGGCUCUGCACAGCUCGCCAGGAUGACAGAGGAGCCCAGAAAAGCCAGCAAAAAGUUCAAGUUCUUCAAGUUCAAGGGCUUUGGGAGUCUCUCCAGCCUCUCCCGGUCCUUCACUCUGCGACGGUCCUCAGCCCACAUAAGCCACCAAUCCCAUCUGGAGCCUGACACCUUUGAAGCCACGCAAGAUGACAUGGUGACAGUUCCCAAGAGUCCCCCAGCCUAUGCCCGCUCAAGUGACAUGUACAGCCAUAUGGGCACCAUGCCUCGCCCCAACUUCAAGAGGGCUCGAGACCAAAAGGCUGGCCAGGAGGCUCAGGAGAGGGGUCCUGAGCCCCACCUGGUGCCCCAAAGUCUGCGAGACCCCCCAGGCUUGGAGGCAGUCAAGGAGGUGAUUGUGCAGGCCGUUGCUCCCCUGGAUGACAUCCCAGCAGUGGGGCCCAGUCCUUCAGCAGUGGAGGCAGGCCCCACGAGAAAGCCUGAGGCCCCUAAGGUAGACGAGGAAGAGGAGAGCGCUCCCAGGGAUGUGUCCUCAGGAAGGGCUGCUGGGGAGCUGGAGGCUGGCGGGGACUACGUGAAGUUCUCCAAGGAGAAGUAUAUUCUGGACUCAUCACCAGAGAAACUACACAAGGAGUUAGAAGAGGAACUCAAACUCAGCAGCACAGAUCUCCGCAGCCAUGCCUGGUAUCAUGGCCGCAUUCCCCGUGAGGUCUCCGAGACCCUGGUGCAGCGCAACGGUGAUUUCCUCAUCCGGGACUCGCUCACCAGCUUGGGUGACUAUGUGCUCACAUGCCGCUGGCGCAACCAGGCCUUGCACUUCAAGAUCAACAAGGUGGUGGUGAAGGCGGGUGAGAGCUACACGCACAUCCAGUACCUGUUCGAGCAGGAGAGCUUCGAUCACGUGCCUGCCCUUGUACGCUAUCAUGUGGGCAGCCGCAAGGCCGUGUCAGAGCAGAGUGGCGCCAUCAUCUACUGCCCUGUCAACCGCACCUUUCCACUGCGCUACCUCGAGGCCAGCUAUGGCCUGAGCCAGGGUGGCGGCAAGGCUGCCAGCCCCGCCAGCCCCUCGGGCAAGGGCAGCCACAUGAAGCGGCGCAGUGUCACCAUGACUGAUGGGCUAACUGCUGACAAGCUCACCCGCGGUGAUGGCUGCCCCACCAGUGCAUCACUGCCCCACCCCCGGGAAUCCAUCCGCAACUGUGCCCUCAGCAUGGAUCAGAUCCCAGACCUGCACUCGCCCAUGUCCCCCAUCUCCGAGAGCCCCAGCUCCCCUGCCUACAGUACCGUGACCCGUGUCCAUGCAGCCCCUGCGGCCCCCUCUGCCACAGCGCUGCCUGCCUCUCCUGUCACCCGCCGCUCCAGCGAGCCUCAGCUGUGCCCCGGAAGUGCCCCAAAGCCUCUUGGGGAGUUGGACAAGGGCCCUCAUGCCAGCCCCUCCCAUAGCCUCUGCAAGGCCUCUCCAUCCCCGUCACUCAGCAGCUACAGCGACCCGGACUCUGGCCAUUACUGCCAGCUCCAGCCUCCCAUGCGUGGCAGCCGUGAGUGGGCAGCAGCUGAGGCCUCCAGCCGGCAGGCUAGGAGCUGUGGGGAAAAGCUAAAGGAACUGUCAGAAAAUGGAGCUCCCGACGGGGACUGGGGCAGGGCCUUCACAGUCCCCGUUGUGGAAGCCACCUCUUCCUUCAACCCAGCCACCUUCCAGUCACUUCUGAUCCCCAAGGACAACCGGCCACUAGAGGUGGGCCUCCUGCGCAAAGUUAAAGAGCUGCUGGCAGAGGUGGACGCCCGGACGCUGGCCCAGCACGUCACCAAGGUUGACUGCCUGGUUGCUAGGAUACUAGGCGUUACCAAGGAGAUGCAGACCCUAAUGGGAGUCCGCUGGGGCAUGGAGUUGCUCACUCUCCCCCAUGGCCGGCAGCUACGAUUAGACCUGCUGGAAAGGUUCCACACCAUGUCCAUCAUGCUGGCCGUGGACAUCCUGGGCUGCACAGGCUCCGCCGAGGAGCGGGCGGCUCUGCUGCACAAGACCAUCCAGCUGGCGGCCGAGCUGCGGGGGACCAUGGGCAACAUGUUCAGCUUCGCCGCUGUCAUGGGCGCCCUGGAGAUGGCUCAGAUUGCCCGGCUGGAGCAGACAUGGGUGACCCUGCGGCAGCGACACACAGAGGGCGCCAUCCUGUAUGAGAAGAAGCUCAAGCCAUUUCUCAAGAGCCUCAAUGAGGGCAAAGAAGGCCCACCCCUGAGCAAUACCACGUUUCCUCAUGUGCUGCCGCUCAUCACACUGCUGGAGUGUGACUCGGCCCCAGCUGAGGGUCCUGAGCCCUGGGGCAGCACGGAGCACGGUGUGGAGGUGGUGCUGGCCCACCUGGAGGCUGCCCGCACCGUGGCGCACCACGGCGGCCUGUACCAUACCAACGCCGAGGUCAAGCUGCAGGGGUUCCAAGCCAGGCCGGAGCUCCUGGAGGUGUUCAGUACCGAGUUCCAGAUGCGCCUCCUCUGGGGCAGCCAGGGUGCCAGCAGCAGCCAGGCCCGACGCUAUGAGAAGUUCGACAAGGUCCUCACUGCCCUGUCCCACAAACUGGAGCCUGCUGUCCGCUCCAGCGAGCUGUGACCUCCAGGGACCUUCCUCCUCUGCAGCUGCGGGCAGCAUCAGGGGCAGAGAGGGGCACCGCCUUUCACAGCACCCCAGGGACACUGUGAUCAGCCCAAGAAUGUUCUGGGUUCAACUCCAGGAUCUCCCUUGCUCCUCCAGGGCCCUGCAUGGAGGCUGGGCUCUGUCCCACCUGCUACAAGCUCACCAAGUCUCCCUUCAGGAAGAACCGGAACUCCUGUUCCUCCCACCAGCUCUGCUUCUCCCCUUCCUGCCGAGGUUCCCUGUCAUUGAGCCAUGGGAGGCUCCUCACGCCUCCUCACACCUCUCCAGGCAUCUGCUCCUCAUCCCACCACCACCACCAAGGCCUCCAUCUUGCUGUAAAUAACUAUCUGUUCUGUAAAUAGAUGUACAGAAACCAUGUUUUUCUUUCAUAUAAUAAACUUUUAUGACUCUUUUUUCUGUCUCUCAGGGGGCCCUGGGGUGGAAGGAAGUACCUUUUCUUACAUGAAAAGUGGAAACAUUCAUUCAUGAAGUAUUUAUUUAGUACCUGGGAUAUUCCAGAUUAUGCCAGGAGCAAGGGUUACAGCAAAUACUAAAACCCAGUCCCUGCUCUCCAGGAGCUCACAGACCAGUCGGGGAGAUAAACAGCUAAUUCCUGACCAGUGGGAGAGAUGUUGGCCUGACCCACGUUCCUACCCCAUUCCCGGCCUUGGGAAGCCACAGCAAUGGUUUCCACAAACCCACAACCAAGGAUCUGAGCUGUUUGGGGUGGAAAGGUUCUUUGAAACCGAGGACUGGAGGGAGAAGGGACUUUUCCCAGGCCACAGUAGUGGAAAGGAGAACACUAGAGUUCUUUCCUUUUCUCUCUUAAGAGUGCAAGCUAUUAAUGCCUUUCCAGGCUUUGAAAUGUGACCCCAAAAGUCUGUGUGUGUAUAGGGAUGGGGUGGGGUGAGGAGGGGGGCCGUGAAGGCAGUCGUCUUGGUUUCCUCACUCCAGUGAGUAGGGAAGUAGGUAACAGGCCUGGGAGCCUGUUCACUGAACUUAAAAUGUCUAGGGUCCUUUGUUUCUGAAUCCUUUGACCAAGAUAGGCUAGAUAACAUAUAACUUAGUGUAUUAGAUCUUUGACAGCAGCCAGACUUGGGUUCAAUUCCCUUGUUUAUUAGCUGAGUGACCUUGGAUAAGCCAUUUAACCUCUCUGGGUCCCCAAUUUCCUCAGUAAAAUGGGGAGAAUAACAGACCCUAUGUCUUAGUUUGAGGAGCUCUGGUGCAGUAA